CACUGUGGCUACUUGUAAGCACAAAAUCGUUUUUUACAUUUCUCUCUUCAGUGAGUGAAACUUGUAGAAUGUUUAAACCCAUAUGCUGUGGUUUCAUGACUAGAGGGCCAUUUCCCCAUAGCAGGAAACAGAAUUGUCUGAGCGUAAUGACAACUACACAUUCAUUUCUUGCCAAACUUUCUAGUUUACAAACAUGUCCUCAACCCAUACUCUGAGAGCUUUAACAUCUACUGGUGGGCUUCCAAUGUGGAUGUUGCUUCUUCACCUCUACAUAAGAUAUGUUGUUGCAGAAGACAUCAGAGUAGUUGGACGAGUAGGAAACUCCAUAUUCCUUCACCCUAAAAUGCACUUACACACCAAGAUCUCUGACGUAAGAUGGAAACAUGUUGAUACAGAUAUGUUAAUAGCUAAAAAUGGUACGCUUGUUAAUUUAACGGAUAGGUGUGAGAUCUUUCUAAAUGGUUCACUGAAGUUUAAUGAAGGACUGAAAAGAGACAGUGGAAAUUAUACUGUGCAACAAUACAGUGACAAUGGAGAUUUUCUAUCCGAGCAGCACAUUGAGCUCAGUAUUCUAGAACCCGUCUCCAAACCAAAGGUGAGAACCUCCUGUACUUUUGAUGGGAGAGUUGUUCUGACCUGCUCUGUUGAUAAAGGAGACAGAGUUGUGAUGAACUGGACCGAGCAGCCAUAUGCCUGGACAGGGUCCAAUCAGACCCUGAGCUCAGGUCCUGUUCUAUUCCUAGGCAGCUAUACGCCUGGAAACCUGACCUGUGUGGCAAUGAACGAAAUAAGUGAAGAAGGCUUCAGUCCAGUUGUCCCGACAUGCAGAGGUCGCACAUCAGCGGUGGCUGCAUUUGGGCUCUUUGCAUUUGCAAUGACGACACUGGCCGUCGCCAUUCUAAAUUUGAAGAUGAGGUGUCAGAAAAAGAAAAAAGAUGUGGAGGAGAACAACUACAUUGAGAUGCGCGGGAAUUUAUGCAACAAAUGUCCUCAGGAGGAGACCACAAUCCACCUGGACCAAGACACCUCCCAUUACGAAUUCUGCAGACCUAUUGCACCUGCUUCCAGCCAGAGAAAGAGAAGACUAUCACUGGAGUUGAAUGAUAUCUAUGUAUGAAGAACAAUGUUUUAAUGGCAUUACAUUUCAAUAGCAUCGAUUUGUUUUUCAAUGUGAAGUAUGCAACUACGCACCAUAAUUACUGAUCAUUUUUUAUAAUUCAUUAUGUUGUAUUUCUGUGAUAGAUGUAUUUUUGUUGUAUAGUCGUAGAGCCUAGAGAAGCGACAUAUAGGGAAUUAUUUCACCUGUAUUUUGAUAUUGUAUCAUACCCAUAGUCACAUGACUUCCUUAUCAGACUGGACCACUAGGUGGAAGCAUUGCAGUAUGAUAAAGAAACAGGGUAACUAGUGGUGAGGAGAAACAUCACAGGAUUACUGUCAUUACAUCAAUAGUUGUUUCAAAAUAGAUGGACGCUGCUGGGACGACUGUAAAUUAUUCAAUUUCAAACUGUUCUGGUUAUUAUUGUCUAAUGUAUGUUUUUCUUCAAAAUGUCCAGAUAAAGGACUCUUGAGUGGCACAGCGGUCUUAGGCACUGUAUCUCAGUGCUAGAGGCGUCACUACAGACCCUGGUUUGAUUCCAGGCUGUAUCACAACCAGCUGUAAUUGGGAGUCCCACAGGGUGGUGCACAAUUGGCCCAGCGUUGUCCGGGGUGGGCCGUCAUUGUAAAUAAGAAUUUGUUAACUGACUUUCCUAGAUAAAUAAAUAAUAUAACCAGGGCUCUCUGUUCCUGGAGAGCUACCCUCCUGUAGGUUUUAUCUCCAACCCUGUUCCUGGAGAGCUACUGUCCUGUAGGUUUUAACUCCAACCCUGUUCCUGGAUAGCUUCCAUCCUGUAGGAUUUCACUCCAAAUCUAACUUUGUACACCUGAUUCUAAUAAUUAGCUGGUUGAUAAUCAGGUUAGUUACAACAGGGGUUGGAGUGAAAACCUACAGGAGGUUAGCUAGCUCUCCAGGAACAGGGUUGGAGAGCCCUGGCACUACAUACUACACUCAUUACAUUGUUCAAAUCAUCAGUCCAGUUUCAUUACAAGUGAUGUUAGAAUGAAUAAUGUAAAUAUACUUACUACAAGUUUUUUUCUGUGUCAAAUAAACUACAUAUGCAUACA